AUGGAGAAGUCAGAAGAGAGCUAAUAUCUGUUGGAUGAACAGCGCCCACGAUACCGGCAUCACGAUCACCGGCACAAUGCCUAGUGGCACGAGUAGGCAUUAUGUCGUCAAUGCUGAUACGGAUAAGACGUUUGAAUCAUCAAAAUCGCCAGCUUUGAAGCGAACAGCAGGCGCUCAUUUGGUUCCGGUGACCGUAACCAGGCAGGACGGUGCUCCCACUGUAUAUUUCUGA